AUGAAGGGACUACAUUCCGAUUCGUCCACUUCUCGCGAAGUGACUUUUAACCAAAUUUGCGAACUUGUCUGGGGGGAAAAAGUCAAAGGGCUGCCUAACCAUGUGCAGGAACAAAUAACUCAUUUUCUUUUUAAAUUUUAUGAAGCGCGGAAGUUUUUUACAUGCACCGAGUUGGAAAAUUUAAACAACUUCCUAACAUUAUUGAUACGAAAUUUUAAGGAGCAUACGAAUGACAAAUUUUGUGUACGCAUUCUUCUGCUCCAUUUUAGGAAGGCGUCUGCUUCCUUUGUAAAGUCUAAGAGAGCCGAGGAUGGGCUAUACGUAAAGCAGGUGACGCGAUACUUGCUAUGCUUGCAUGAGUUGGUCAGACAUUUGAAGGAGAGGCAGCAAGGGGGAGAGCUUCGUACAGGGGAGCUGCGAAGUAGCAGCUCAGAAGAGGAACCCCGUUUGGUGGUGUCUAUAGUGAAAUAUGUGAACUUGUUCGUGGUGUCCGCGCUGAGGCUAGUGGAGGAGAAUUGCUUGGCGCGCUUUUACUGUAGGAUCAUAUCUUAUGGGAAGAUUGCCGAAAUUCUAACCAAUGCAUAUGGCCAAAAUGAGGAAGCCGACGAGGACAUCAUCCACAGUUGUGUUUUACUAACGGAGCGAAAAGAAUUUGAUAAAGACAUCAUAAAAUGCGGAAUCAUGAAUAAGUUUAUCACGUCGGAGGCACUACUCCAGAAGAGUGUUUCCUGUAAAAACAGCUUCCUCAUUCAGGUAGUAAUAAAAAUAACUAAGCGGAAUUUAAACCAGCUCAGAAUAUAUACCUCCAAGAGUGAUCUCCAAUUUGUUAAUUCCUUAGUAGAAAUAGUGUACAAUAAAAUUACAAAAGGAGACGUCGACCUGUCUUGUGCUGACUUGUUAAGAUUAUUUUCCUACAUCAUAGAGGGGGGAAGGAAUUCCGAUGAUUUCCCCCCCUUUGAUCAUCAUCCUGAAGACAUUUCUGAUGAAAAGAAAAUGCUGCACCUGUUAUGCUUCGAUAUCAUUAAUCCGAUAAGUAGCUCCCAUUGUGUAUCCACCAUGGAGAAAAAAAAGAUUGCGGAAAAAGUGAUACCCCUCGUGAGUCAAAUCAAUAGUAGCGAAAAGGAUGCAGAAGGGAAGGACAACUAUAUGUACCUAAAACAUGUUGAAGCUUUAUUUUUCCUGUGUUUACAUAAUGAAGACGUGUGCAGGGAAUACUUUAACGAAAAGUUUAUCAAGCAUGUGGAAGAGCUAUACCUCCAGAUUGAUCAGCGUGAAAAUGUUGAAAAAGUCGGAAAUUUAAAGAAGAAGGAAGAAUGUGAUUUAUUGAAGCUGUACUAUUUUGGUAUACUCUCCACGUUCGCACAAAUGAACAUAAAUAAUGAAAAGGAAAAGGAGAAGACAGAAAAGAACGAGAAGAAGAUUUCUCUCCCUUUCGUUAGUUAUGUAAUAGGGAAAGAGUUGCAAAAUAAAAAGUUCCUUCUCGAGAACCACGUCUACUGCUUGCUCUUUUUGCGCUUUUUAAAUAUGUCUCUUUUGAACAAUUUAUAUGAUUUUAAAGAAUUCGCCCAAGGAGUUUCCUUGGUAGAUUUCCUCAAAGUAAUUAGGGGGGCAUUAAAUGUUCUCUUACAGUGGGUGGAAAGAGAUCCCUUCUUGAAAUUAAUCAGGACGCAUGUGAAGACAAAUAAACAGAUAUUCCACAUUCUGCUAGAAAUUUGGGUACUCGUCCAGGCCGAAAUGAGAGGGGAGAAGAAGGAAGCGUUGGCAGCGUCUGCAAAAUGGGAGAGCGUUCUGUACACAAUAUAUCACAUAUUUAAAAGACUAACGAAUGGGUUUACCAAAUAUUUGAAUUACUUUUCGGAACACGAGGAUCUCCUUAGCAAUUUCAAAAGAGUGAUGACUUUCGAAGAGAAAUCCGUUUUGGAAAUAUAUUCCCAAAUGUGUCAGGAUGUUGAAGAAAACCGGUUGGCAAUUCUGGAGAAGGACAAAAACUACCUUAACGGCAAGGUAAAGUCGUGGGCGGAGAAAAUAGAACAAAUGGAAAAAAGGCUCCAGGUUACGACGGAGGAGAGUUAUCGGAAAAAUGUCGACGAAUUGGAGAAUUAUUACAACUACGUCCGAGCGGGGGGUGAUUACUAA